AUGUCUCUCGAACUCCAUGUGGUGGUGGAGAGCUUGGGGUCGAACAUCUCCGAGGGCAUCUCCAAUCUACAAGUUCGGCCACAGGGGCCGCCGCCAGAACCUGCUGAUGGCUUUGUCACAAUCGAAGUCUAUGCUGCUUCUGUGAACUUCCCGGACUUGCUGAUGACGUGCGGGGGCUACCAGUAUCGCCCAAAGCUUCCGUACACGCCUGGGACGGAAGCUGCCGGUAUAAUCCGGGCAGUGGGAAAGAAGGUGAGCAGCUUCAGCAUUGGGCAGCGGGUGAUGGUCAGCCUGCCUGAGGGCUGCAUGGCCUCUUGGGUAUCAGCGCCUGCGGCUGCCUGCACAGCCUUACCACCAAGGCUCUCUUUUCGUGAGGGUGCCGCCUUCACUGUGGCCUUUACGACGGCUUACCAUUGCCUCGUGGAGAGAGCGCGUGUGUCGGCGGCAGACUGCGUGCUGGUUAACGGAGCCACCGGCGGUGUGGGUUUGGCUGCCAUCCAGGUGGCACGUGCCUUGAAGUGCCGAAAGAUCAUCGCCACCGGUCGGGGACGCGAGAAGCUGGAGGUGGUCGAGCGACUGGGCGCCACCUGCUGCUUUAACCUGGAGGAGGUGUCGCUGGCCCAUGCGCUGAAGACUGAGACGGACGGCCGUGGCGUGGAUGUGGUUUUCGACACGAUUGGAGGCGAAGUCUUCGAGGAGUCUUUGCGCGGCACAGCCUGGGGCGCACGUGUGCUUGUGGUGGGCUUUGCAUCUGGGAAGCACCCGAGCAUCCGCGCAAACUACGCGCUGAUCAAAGGGCUGACCAUCAUGGGAUGCCGUGCUGGCGAAAGUGCACGUAGAGAUCCUUCUCUGCACGUCCCGCGCAUGAAGCAGCUGCUUGACUGGGUAGCCGCUGGCGAGAUUUGCCCCCACGUAUCGCAUGAAUUCGCGGUGGAGGAUGUGGAGGCAGCCUUCCGCACUGUCCUCGAGCGCCGCGUCAUCGGCAAGGCUGUAGCGCAGCAGCUCAUCUGUCAGGGCAAGCCGGGCAAGCUGCGUUGGUCAGGAGAUCGUCGAACCCACAGACGUGAUGUGGCGGACUUGAAGGAUCGCCCGCGUGGCACCGUGCUAAGCGGAAAUUCCGCUCACGUUGCCGCAAACGCCUUCACCGGCGAAGACAGAGGACGAUAUGGACAGGGCUACGAGCAAGAUGGUGCAAAGUGGUCCUUGUGGCCUGGGUCUUACAAAGCCUCGCCACGUGGCGGUCGUUCGGACAAGCCACAGACGCCGUCGUUUCCGGCGUACGAUGCAGCAUGGAAGAAGUCAGCCGAAGUUAUGGAAGUGCCUCAAGCUCCGUCGGCUCCCUCUGGUGGGCGCGGUAUUGUCCGCGACGUCCAGGGAGCUGUGAAUGCUGCCAGAAAACUGGAGCAAAAGCUGGCCAAGACCCAGAAGGAAAUGCUGCAGAAAGGACAGGCAUGGGACUCGUGGGUCCUUUCGAUGAGAAGCUCGUACCAGAAAGAAUACGAGCGACACAGGGCAGAACAACGACGGUUGUCCCUCGAGAUCAAGGACCUGGAGGAGCAGACUCAGUUUGCCUACUCCCAGGUGCAGCUGUGUGCCACCCACAAAGUUCCGACAGCUGCGGCGCCGCCCCCCUUGGAUUGGGAAAUUCCGGGUGUGGAAGAGGCUUUACCGGAGCUGACAGAGGAUCAAACACGUGCGGAGCUGCAACGGAUUUUGGCCAAAGCACCCCCGGGCUUGACUACGCCGACUCGAGCAGAGACUACGGCUCCCAGGUCUCCUACUGGGAAUGCUGCCCCUACGGCCACUUCGGCAAUGGAAGUGUCACCACCUGCCGCGGCUCCACGAGAUCCCUACAUCACAACCAUGCCGCCUACACCGGCCCCACAUGGUGCUCCUGGGAAGACUAUGGGCCUCAUCGAUCCCCGACAGCCUCUGCCACAGGACAGAGCAACAGCGCCAUCGGCGCUCGCAGACAAGCUAUCCGAAAAGAGGCGAGCGUAUCGAUCAGCUAUGGCUCCCUUCGGAUAUGUCCGAAAGCCCGAUGUGGACAAUAUGGACCGAGCGGCCCUUUCGAGCGAAAGGACAGGCCGCGAUACAGGCCAGCUCUUUGUGGACGACGACUACGACGAUCUGCAAGCAAUGCCAUCCCCUGGCUUUGGGGCCAUGGACAUAACUGGUGAGCAUGUAACAGGUUCCGCUCCGGUUGCCUUUGGGGCUCUAGGCAAUCGCACGGUUCACUGUUUACUCAUGGCACCUGAUUUUGUCUCUGAGCAGCUUGCCCUGACGGUUGAAGCACCAAUUCUUACGGAUGUUUUCAUGUGCCAGGCUGUAGCGGAAUCUCGCCUUUUGCCCAGGCUCUCCUCAGCCCACUUGGUACCGGUCAGACCUCAGCCUGAGGAAGGGUAUGCUACGUUCGUUAUCUGCCCUGACUGGACCAGCCCCGCUAGGAAGGCUUCAGUAAUCCUCGACUUCUGGGACCUAGGAGGGCCGACUUAUGCGCGCAUAGUCAACCCCCAGCUCACUUUCAAGGACUUGGAGGACGAAGCCAGCCGGCACGGCUUCGACCGCUUUGACGCCUACCUAGGAGGAGACGACACAGUCCUGAAUGCUGCUAGUGUCACUACUAUCGCAGAUGGCACUCUCGUUACCUUCAUGCGUGUUGGUCUUCCACCUCGUUGGCAUCAAGAAAUCGACCGAUUCCUAAUGCAACCCGAGGAAUGGAUAGACAGCCCCAGGUGUAUGCGUCUCGAACAACAUUCCGACCACUGGCUUGUCAUCAGGCCUGACUGCACCAAACUGAUGGCAUACUCCACUGAAUCGGACUACAGCCUGCAAGAGGUAAUUGCUACGCAGAUGCACCAAUACCCCAUAAAUGUUAAUGUUAGGAUGCCUGUUUCCGAGGCCAGGCUUGAAGUUGUUUUCGAUGGAUACCAUGUAUCCAAGAUCAUUGCUGCAACACCUCGGUCUGUUCCGGCUCCUGACAGGGCAGAGUCAGACACCUUCGUCUUUCUUGAUGCCAGGCAAAUGGGACAAGGCAUUACCUUCCACCUGACAAGUACGCCUUUGCUCACCCUUCGUGAGGCUGCCGAGUCUUUGGACACCUCUGUAGCCCCAGGAUUUAGAGUCUAUGCAGAGCACCCCAGACUCCAGGUUGAGGGCCUUGCCGUAUCCAACGGAGAUGUCUUAACUCUUGGGUUCGAGUUAGACCCAAACCCUUCACAUGCAUGUGAACCGACCGGCACUGCUCCCAUUCCGGCCGAAGUGCCGCAUUUGGCAAGCACCUUCGAUGAGCUGCCUUUUACCACAGGGCCGAGUGAGGCCGCCCGCCUUUACCCUGAUCGCCCAGCAUCUGUGCCAACCUCUCGCACGGUUGGCUGCAUAGUCUUGGCUCCAGCACACACUCCGGAGAAGGUUGAAGUUGAACUGAACCUGCCGUGCUCGGUUCAUGCUGCAGGACAGGCGAUUGCCUUGGCACGAGAUGAACGCGGAUUGAUUCGCGUCUCUUUCACUUCACCUCCGGAGAUAGGCUCGCCAGGGCUGCCUUUCUUGAUAAGGUUGGGCUGCAAGAAAGGAGACACGGUCACCAUCCUGCCACCAGGGACACCUCUAGGCCUCAUGACCAGUCUCGAAAACUUGCUGGAAACUCUUGGUGAUAGAGAUGUUGUCAUGCCCUCCUUUCCUGGCCCUGCACCGGCUGCUUUCGGGGUGCUCUCGGAUGAAGGACUCAAAGUCCAUGCAAUUGACCUCACGCAGGUUCGUUCUGGCGCGGUCUUCAAGCAGGUAGUGGGCACCAAGCUGAAUUACGAUCUCUCAGCCACUUUGUUUCGACCGGCUUCCCCGAAGAUCAGCAACUUUGCGCAUGUAGGACAAUGCUGUCAGGCAGUCUUUGUUGUGACGGAAGCCAUCCCGCGUCGGAUUGAAGCAGCCGAUGAGAGCACUGGCUUGAUCAUUUUGAUCCUUGACCUACGCGCCCUGCUUCGUGGGUUUGACUGGCGCAUCCACGAAGGCAACAGAUUGCAUUUGGGACCUCUAGUUCAGGAGUUUUCUCAGCACAAGCCGGUGGGAUACGAGGUAGUCAUCACAGGGGGCGCUUCUGUUGAUCUGGGAGGCGAAACAGGGAUACAGAUUCAUCCUGGCUGUGUGAUUACAAUUGAGUAUUACCACGAUGCCCUGGCAGACCCUGUCACUCCUGACAUUGAUUCUGCAGAUAUCCCUGACGGGGAGGAGGAUGAUGAAGAGGAAGAAGUCCUGCCGCUGACGCGCGUUCUCGCUCUCGAAGCCGCACUCCACCUCCAUGUGGAGCCAGUUUUGGGCAUUUUGAUCCUUACUUUGGGCCUGCCUUUGGCUGCAGCCGCGUCUGCCACGCCCCUUUCAUCCGACAGGCAUAACCUGCACAUCUUGCCCGCCGCUCUCGUUGUGGCCCUAGCUUCUUUCGGCGUCCGUUACUGCAAGUGGUUGGCAGAACCAACCACUAACAGCGAAUCAGACCGGGCUUCUUUGGCCGCAUUGCGCUAUGCGGCACCCAGACUAGGCAUGCCAUGGCGAUACCUGCCGGCUCACGAUGCGCAGCAUAUCGCCAGUGAAGGUGAGUCUGUCUCAGACUCUUCUGAGGAUGAUGACUCAGUGCGCUGGGUCCAUUUUGCAGUUGCGGCACCAGGCUACACACUCGAGCGACUCCUGACUGCCGUCCGGCUUCCUGCCACCAUUCAAGAGACUGAGGCGGCUGUAAGCAAUGCCCGCGCACAAGAUGACGCUGUGCGCUUUCCUCUCUUGGUUCUCAUGGAGCAUCCACUCCACGGUUGGACUGCUGUGCGGGUGACUCAGUCACGUGUGACCUAUGCCGCCUUGUGCGCGACCCAUACAAGCUACGUUCCGUCAGGCUGGAAACCCGUGCUUCUGGGCAUCCCUGAAGACACAGAGUACCUGCAUGUGCAACCAGGACAGGUGAUUGCCAUCGUCUUGCGCCGACUAGACCUUGCCGACCUUGAUAUCGAUUUUCUUCCCAGGGCUUCACCAGACAGUGCUUCCCCUGUGCCCGCUUCCUCUGAUGCACCUCCUGCUCAGCAGCAUGCUUCCGAGACCCAAGGAGCUCAUCCACAUGAUCAAGCGAUGCAAUCUGGAGAUUCCCCUGUGGAAGAAAGGUUCAAUACCCCACAGGUUUCUGCCUCUGAAGGUAGACCCGCAACGAGCGAUGAGCUCCCUGAGUUCAUCGACGGCCUUCCUGUUGACCAAGGCCAUCAGGUAUAUGCCCACGACCUGCCUUGGCCCCUCCCAGAUGGUAUGCUAGUUGACUUUGCGCACGGAGAUGCUGUCAUCAUCCUUGCUGCGGCCAGCGGCCACUUCACCACGAUCUCAUUUGAGGAGAUGCUACAGUCCGCUGCUGGCUGGAAUCCCUCUUGGACUCCAAACCUCGAUCAGAGGCACUUUGCUUGGGUUCUGUCUCAUCAGCGGCCGUUCCUUUUUCACGUUGAGCCGGGCCGAAUCUUGUCUCUCCGCAGAGACAUUGCAAGGUACUUUGGAGUUAGCCUGAACGCUCUGGCUAUCCAUGCUCCAGAUCCGGCCAUUUCUGACUUCUCUCACCUCGGCAAAACAGUCCAAGGUGUCAUAGCGGUCUCAUUUCCAUCCGCCCGCCAGCAACCUUCAGCUGCUAGACCGAUUACUUUCUUCUUGGACUGCCGGCCAUUGCUCCUAGGAGUCUCUUGGCGCUCCUCUGAGGACGGUUGGCUUCGUGCAGAGGGCCCCACACCUUUCCAUCAGUUCUACAUUCGGAUGUUCGGGAAUGCCACAGGACCCUCACCAUUGGGUGCCCCCACCAAGUGCGCCUCCUCCGGAUUCCUCCGGACACCAGGCAGACAGGCGAUGCAGGCACAGGGGGAUCAGGAACCAAUGCCGAUUCCAACACCGGCACGUGCUUGGGUCUCCCACCUUGGGGAUGAUAGUCACUCUCAAGACUUUCUACCUUGUGAGCCCACUCCAGCGUGCAGCAGCGAUAUCCCCGAUAAAGAGGACCUCCGCACUCUGUUGGAGGAAUGUGUGGCAGACCCCGCGUCUGAGGCGUUCUUUCUUGCCGCCACUUUGCUCGAAACCCUUGUCGAAAACCAGGGCGACCCUCCAUUCAGACUUACGCUCAAUCUGCAAGAGCAGAUCCCUCAACACACCCAGCCUAGCAGUUCCGUGCUCGGGCAAGGAGUUUUCUUCGGAGAAACUCCACUUGGGUUUACGUGGCAGCAGCUUUUCCAAUUGCGACACACUUCUGUUGCUCUCACAUCAUGGCAUGAAGUCAUUCAUCAUCCUGAUUUCUGGCAAGAGACUGACCUUGACGCCCGAGCUGUCCGAGCCACACAGCAGGCCGUGCAAGAUGGCCACUCAGGCAUUCUUUGCUACACGGACGGCUCCUUUACUCCGACAUCGGGCAACGUCGAUGCUUAUGCUGGCUGGGCUUGCAUUUUCGUUGACACCCUCUCGGGACACAAGUGUGCAAGUUUCGGAAAAGUGCCUGACUGGAUUCUAGGCCCGAGCGAAUACCUAUCUGCCUAUUCCGCUGAGUGCUUCGCUCUUACAAUCGCAGCAUUGGCAUCAUGGCUGGUCUUUCCUGACCGGCCUGUCACCUUUCUGUCUGACUGCGUAUCAGCUCUCAAAGGCGCUGAGGGCAGCUAUGUGUGUCGACCUGGCGGCUGCGCCCAAGCUAUGAGCCAUUCCUUUGAUCUCCGUCGUGGCCUUUGUGAUAAGGAUGAUCGCUUUAUCUACGUUCCGGGCCACCAAGGCUGUUACUUUAAUGAGGUCGCCGAUCUUCUGGCUAAAGCAGGUUCACGCACCGACAGCGUUGCCACCCUUUUAUGCCUUCCCGAAUCUACGUUGGAGUUCUGGUUAUCGAGCGGAGCCGGCCUGCUGCCUUGGGCAGCUACGGUGCUUCGACAAUUGAAAGGCGAUGCCUCCCUCCCCCCACAAGGUUCGCGAGACUUGGGGGAUGAUACUUGGCACCAAGGGCUCAGUUAUCAUCAAAUGCUAGCCCCUUUCAUGCCAGCUGAAGUUGAGAAAGCACCCGAUGGCCAGAUGGACACUCCAUCCCUCUUUUCAAUGGACCUGUGUAUUGCCUCAUUCAAUACCCUCAGUUUGGGAGCGGGCCUUGAAACCGACUCUGGUGCCGGCUCCGGGUGUCAGGGUCUUCAUCAAAUCCCAGCUCGAGCCGCUCUUUUGGCGCGUCAGCUCCAAGACUGUGGGGUAGACGUUGCCGCCCUGCAAGAGACGCGCUGCCCACAAGGGUUCUCUAAGAUAGGAGGCUUUCUUAGAUACUCGGGGGGAGCAGACAAAGGCCAUCACGGCACUGAACUUUGGUUUCGGGAGGGAAGCCGCGUCCUACGCACCUGCUCCGGCAACCUUUCAGAUGCGAUUUUUGCGGAGAGACAUUUCAGCAUCUUACAUGCUGACCCGCGACGGAUCAUAGCCAGAUACAGCGCGGGCAAGUUUGUUCUUGUAUUCUGCUCUCUACAUGCUCCGCACAGAGCCACGGAGAGGCAGUUGCUAUUGACCUGGUGGCAAGACACACAGAAGAUCCUAUCCCGGCAUCGCCGCAAUGACCCUGUUGUCAUAGCUGGGGAUAUGAACUGCUCUGUUGGCAGCAUUCCCUCACCCCAUGUGUCCGACUUCGGCCAGGAAGAGGAGGACACUCCAGGGGAGUUCUUUCACGAACUCCUUCGCACCAACCAGUGCUGGGUACCAUGCACCUUCGAAACAUGUCAAGACGGACCUACAGCCACUUUCUUCCAGAAAAGGAAUGGCAGGCCCUGUCGCCCCGACUUCAUUUCCGUCCCUAGCUCCUGGCAACAUGGGUUCUGUCGCUCCUGGGUAGACCAUGGUAUUCAGGUUGCUACUAACGGGAUAGAUCACGUUGCGACCCUCCUUCACAGCCAAGUAAGCAUGAGCAUGCCUGGUAAAUGUAAUUCCAAGGGGCGCGCCCGACUGCCGCGGCAGAUGUUUACUGAUCCUGCCCUGAAGCCAGACAUCCAGCGAGUCCUUGCAUCUGUUCCACAGGUACCAUGGCACACCUCGGUGCAUGCGCAUGCUGCCAUUGUUGUGCAACACUUGCAGCAAGAGCUUGCUCAGGUUGCACCAAUUAAGCAGUCAAGGCCUCACCACGUCUACCUACAGGAUGCCACUUGGGCUCUGCAGAAACGCGUCUCUAGCCUCAAGAGGGGACUCAGCCGGCUUCAGCAGCACGUACGGACUGCAGCAUUGGCCUUCUGCUUUGACCUUUGGGCUGGAACCGGAGCUUCAACAGUCUGUACCCCAUGGUCCGGGGCAUGGACCGAGCGGGCCCUGACCAGCAUGAUACUGCACAUGUAUCGAAUCCGGGUGGACAGCAAAGCCCUCCGCACAGCCUGCCAACAGGACAGAGCGAUGUAUACCAAUGCUUUGGCCGAGCGACUUGCAACAGGCCCCACUUCUGAGGUGCACGAUGCCCUUCAUAAGCUGCUCCGGCAUAAGCGCAAGAAAACCUACGCUCCGGAGCCUUUACCACAGGUCAAAGACGCGCAAGGACACGUGUGCCCAGAUGCGCCUUCAGCCCUUAAACGCUGGCGGGAAUAUUUUGCGGCCAUGGAGGCUGGCACUACCAUGGCCCCCUCAGAGCUAGGCCCAUGCCUUGAUGUCGGUUCCAUCCUUUGGCCUGCCCCGCAACAUGUAGGUGACCUACCUACCAAACCAGAUCUCGUACGUCUCAUGCUCUCAGCCAAGUGCGGCAAGGCUCCAGGGAUGGAUGGCCUGCCCAAUGAACUCCUGCGAGGUUUUGCCGCGAACUGUGCUGAAAUUCUCUUUCCCCUCAUGAUGAAGCUAGUCUUCAGAGGUCAAGAGGCAAUGGGCUUGAAGGGUGGAAUGGCAGUGUGGUUUCACAAGGGACGUGGCGCGAAGGACCUUUGUGAAUCAUUCCGCCAAAUCAUUCUGCUGCCCUGUUUUGCCAAAAUCUUGCAUCAAGCAGUUCGGCCGGCUCUUUGUGAGCUGUAUGUGCGACGCUCCCCCUCUCUUCAGCUCGGAGGCAAGCCUGGACAAUCCGUGUGCUUUGGAGCGCACCUGGUCAGAUCCUUCCUUCGUUACAACUGGGGGCGGAAACGUAGCUGUUUUGUUCUGUUCUCAGAUAUUGCAUCUGCCUUCUACGCAGUGGUGCGGCAGCUUGUUGCUGCCCCUCGUCUCGAAGGCGAAGCCAGCCAGGACAUACCGGAAUCGGUUUGUAAAGGGCUAGGCAUCUCUGAAGAUGAACUUGAAAUUCUAAGGCAGCACGUAAAAGAACAGACCGGGCUCCAACGUGCAGGUGCUAGCCCUUGGCUAGAAGCCCUGUCGCAACAACUCUCAGAUCGCUCAUGGUUCAUGCUUAAAGACGACUCCUCAGCUGUACUCACAGCUAGAGGGACCCGACCUGGGUCUUCUUGGGCAGACAUCAUGUUCGGCAUGCUGAUGGGCAGAGUCCUUGACGAACGUGAUGCCUUGGAGGGCCUAGACGACCACUCUGCGGCUGAAGCCCCUCGGAUUCCCUGGGAUGGCCAAAAAGUGCUCACUGAGUGUUCCGAGCAGAGCGAAACAAUCCCACUGGGAGACCUCAUUUGGGCAGACGACACAGCCACCAUGCGGCUAUGCAGGGCGAAUUCUCGCCUUGAUGCCGCUAUCGCCGCUUGUGUCGGAAGCACUUGCGAUGCUUUUGCCAAUUUUGGAUUCCGGAUGUCUUUCGGACCGAACAAGACGGCUGUCCUCGCACAAGCAUCAGGACCCGGAUCACGCACAGCCCGCCGCACUCUGUUUGGGCCGGUCGGGCACAAAGGUGUUAUUCAGGCCUUGCGAGAAUCCUCCCAGCCAGUCGGAGUGCCUCUGAUCGCCACCUACCGACAUCUAGGUGUGUUUCAGGCGACUCGCGGCUGCAUGCUAGCUGAGAUCCGCUAUCGUACUGCCCAGGCAUGGGCUGCCUUCUCUGAGGGCCGGAGGAAGAUCUACAAGGCCAAAGGGGUCCCAAUCCACCGGCGUGCCUUCAUACUCAAGGCGUCCGUCCUUCCCAAACUGCUCUAUGGAUGUGGGUCCUGGCCCCCUUUGCAGAAACGGGAGCUCCAAUCCUUUGGCGGGACGCUCUGGUCCCUGUACCGGGCCAUAUGCGGCAUUCCUGCGAGCGGAGAUCAGCACUUUCAUGCCAGCACUGUGCUCGCCCUGACUGGGCUGCCUGGUCCCGUUGACCUACUGCAUGUGCAGCGUCUGCUGUACCUUCGGCUAUUAGUCACGCAGGGUCCGAAUGAGUUAUGGGCUGCGGUGCGAGCGGACAUAGCCUACCUUACUGCGCUACGCAACUCCCUGGACUGGCUCUUCUCCUGGACGCACCAGACCAGUAGUUUGCAGCACCCACUCGAGCACUGGACCAAGUGGAGAGAUUUCAUCUGCGAUCAACCAGGAAGAUACAAAGGGCUGAUCCUUCGAGCUCAAGCACUUGCCAACUGUCGACACCGAGUCAUCGCAGCGCUCGAUGGCCUUUAUCGGGCUCUGAGGGACCAAGACGUUCCCCCUUGUGUUUUGCGUGCGGAAGAGCGUAUGGCACAGUCGGAAGACUUCGUCGCCAUUUGCUUGCCAGCGCCCGCUGCAUUGCCAAUUGGGGUUCCAGGUUCGUUUGGGGAGCACGCACCUUCCGACACAUGUGAAGACCUCUCCUCGGUUCUUCUUUCCGAGCUUCACGCCUUGCCGGUCUGUGACGAAUCAGUGGUCUGGGACACUGUGAUUGAAGUCAUCGAACCUCUCCAGGUUCUUAGAGCUACUGUACGUCGCUGGGCCAACGACCGUGCCGAGGACGAGUGGAUUCAGCGCGCAGCUGACAAUGUGAUACUGCUCCUGGACCCAGAGCUUAUAGGUGAGCCGAGUCAUGCUUCUAGGGUAAAGGUCGACAAGCAGACUUUUGCCAGCGACUCUUGCCCUACUUGGGCUCCGCUACCAUCCUUCCACCUGCCGGCCUGCACAGCCGGCCCUCGCUUCGACUUGCAGCCUCCACCGCCUGUCACCAUCUCUCCCUUUGUUCCUACCAGUACCAGCCUUCGACUUGGGUUGGCGUACAGCGACUGGCUGGAACAGGCUUGCUCAACUCUGGCCAAAGGCUUUGAGCUCGCCAUCAAUGAUAGAUGCGACUUCCAGGUGCGCUGUGAUGGCCUAGCCCACGGAGCGAAAGUCCAAGGUCUCGUUGAUUCGGGCAUGUGGCAGGAAGGCCAAGACAUCCAGAGCCUGGUCACCAAGAGUGCCGAGGACCUUGCAGAACAGCUGCAGCUGAAGCCGCUGGAGAGGAAGCGCUUGAUGGCUGCGGUCGCCGAGGGCCCUCAGACGCAGGAGGAAGAUGGCCGGACAGCCGAGCUUUCCUUGGCAGAGGACGCAGCAGUGCGCUAUCGCCGACUGCGGCCUCUAGUGGACCGGGUGGCAAAGGAACUCCCGGCCGGUCUCGAUCCUGCUGCUGUUGCAGACGAGGAUGUGGCUAUGCUGUUGGCCAUCCUCCGCGUCAAGAGCCAACGUGCCUUGGAAUCGUGA